GUGUGUAAGGAAAGUUACAGCGGGUCACACACUGUGGCCAGCCCUGCAGCAAGGCACCUGUGGGUGUCCAUCCCCUCCUGUCCAGCGGUCCUGGCGAAUGAGGGCUGGCGGACAAGAGGAACCCCUGCCGUUCUGGGUGUCCCGGUCUGGCCGUCUGUUGCAUCCUUCAGGUUCCAUUACAUGGGAGACGCCGCAUGCAAUUGA